AUCUGGUAGAGGGUUGCCCUGGCAGCAGUGUCUUCAACAACUUCAAAAGCCCAAACCCCAGAGGUAGAGAUAGACAGAGAGACGAUGAGUAGAGCCAAGAGAGAGCAGCUGAGUCGAACUCUGAAUUCCCACCUCAACAACAUCCACGAGACCUUCCAGGUUUUGGAUCAAACAUCUUCACUUCCUCUUGACAAAGUCAGUUGGGAUGACGUUAUACAGAUGGGAGAGCAAGUCUACAAACAAGCUACUAUUGUUGGAAUGCUUUGGACCGGGGAAGCACCUGAAGUUUCAGCACUGGAAGGGAAUAUGGAAGCAUACUUCAAUAUGCUACAGGGUUUCCUUUUUCUCUCCCAUGGAAGUACAGUGGGUGCAGGACCUACUCUUUCUUCCAGUAUUCAUGCAUCGGUGAAGCAAGUUGUGGAUUCUAGUUUUCGGUUAUUGAAAGAGUCCGUCUCUUCCUACGGAUCCCGCAACAGAGACCAGAAACUCUCAAUCCCACAGUUAGUGGGUGCGGUUUGGGAGGCCUGUUCUGCUCUUAAGAAGACUCCUGCCACAAAUAUCACAGCCAUUGGACGAACAAUGACACAGGUUGCAGUUUCCAUGAAGGAUGUCCUUCGCGAGAUGAAGGAGCUGAAGCCAGCUUCCUCAGACCCAACUGAUGAAACUUCUGAUGAGGCUUCCAACAAAGCAGAAAGCAUACCUGAAAAUGAUGAUAAUUCAAGUGAAGGUGAUCUUGGCAAUGACCUGUCGCCUGAGGAAAUGAAAAUUGCAGUAUCAGUGAUAUCAGUUGUCACUGAAAUUCUUGCAGUCAUAAAGGAGCUUAUCCGCUGCAUUACAGGCUUGGUUAAACAGGAAGAUGCAAACAAGAGUAGUAAUUUUGUGGAUUCGUUGGAGAAGUUAUUGAAGCUCUGCCAAGGAAUUGGUGUACAGGUUGAUGAGCUCGGUGCUUGUCUUUACCCCCCACAAGAGAUUCCUGCCAUGAAGGCCGCCACAGAGAAAAUAUCUGGCAGUGUCGAUGAAAUACAAGCAGAGAUAGAAAAUCUUGGAGGCACCACAGAAACCUUCAUUCAGGCAUGCAAUGUUUUGAGGAGCUCUCUGGGACAGCUAAAUUCCCUAGUGGGUGAUUCCAGUACUGCUGAUCUUGUACCUGAAAUGCAGAAUCUUGCUGUGACAAGUUAAAGAGAGAGAGGGAGAGGGAGAGAGAUGAAGAAAGAGAAUGAGAAAGAGAGAGAGAGAGAUUACUUUAUUGUUUGAUAUUUUGAUUUACUUAAUUCAACUCAGCAAAGUUAAGCCCUUUUUACUCUGAAAGAUAAUCUGGAUAAAAGCCAAAUUGUUUGGUUUCUUAUACUUGUUUUACUUAAACUUUUGGACAAUGAUCAUAUACCUCACUGUUGCCAUGAA